UAUUCGUGUAUGUGUCGUUUCAAGCCGUACAUGACCCCCUUCAAGUACCUAACAGCUACCUCAAACCAUUUGAGUCAGAAAUUGAGAAUAAGAAAAGACGAAUCUACGCUGGAAUGACGUAUUGCAUGGAUGAAGCCGUUGGAAACAUCACAAUGGCGCUGAAGAACCAUGGAUUGUGGGAUGAUACCGUAUUAGUAUUUUCAUCUGAUAAUGGUGGACGGAUUGAUAGCGGAGCCAGCAACUGGCCACUCCGGGGUUCCAAGACCACGCUAUGGGAAGGAGGUGUCCGUGCUGUAGGUUUUGUCACCAGUCCACUUCUCUCCGACAAAAUGAAAGGGACAAUCAGUCGAGAACUGAUCGAUAUAAGCGACUGGUACCCAACUCUAAUACAAGGUGUGGCUGGAGAGACGCUCAAUGGAUCAGAAUUGGAUGGAUUCAACAUUUGGGAAACCUUGAGUAAUGGAAAACCGUCCCCCAGAGUGGAGCUAUUACAUAAUAUCGACCCCCUCAUCACGCCACCUUCAAAUUGGCCCAUUGAAACUAUCGCUGACCUUGAGAACACAUUCUCUACCAGAACAUAUGCUGCACUUCGACACAAGGAUUGGAAGAUUGUCACUGGAUAUCAAAAAGUCAACAACGGAUGGUACUCACCGGCCGAAUCGAGCGAGCCAUCCAUCGCUUCUGAGAUCAAACCAGGAAAAUCAGUCUGGUUGUUCAACAUCACCAACGAUCCGAGAGAGAUCCAUGACCUGUCGAACCAAGAACCAAAGACAGUGAACUUUCUCCUAGAGAGGUUAAACUCAUAUCAAUCUGGAGCGAGCCCGGUGCGGUAUCCGGAUAUUGAUAUGAAGGCGAACCCUGCCCGACAUGGCGGCGUCUGGGACAGUUGGGAAUAAAACCACAUCAGUCCAGGGUCCUACAAAAACAGAUACAAUCAAUUUGUACAAUCAGUGUCUGCAAUGUCAUAAAAAACUGUUUCAAAAUGAUGAAAGGAAUACGUGAUAUUCGAUAUUUAAAGUAGGUUUUUAUCAUUAAUAUUUUGUGAAGUUUAUAUUUUGUUUUGAUAUGUUGAGCUUUGUGAUCUAUUUGUUCUGACUAUUCUCUUUGAAACAGAGGGUUGUGGGUUCGAAUCCCAGAUGAGAGAAAUUGGUACCCGGUAGCCUACAUGAAGUGCCUUUUAGCAGCUGGAGCUCAACCGGUGAUUUAUAGAGUCGCCAUUGAAUAUGUAUCGGUGACUCAUAAUCAUUAUCAUUAUUCCUUUCAUAAAAUUUUCAACAUACAAAUUAAUAAUUUUUAACAAUGCACAAAAAUAUAUUAUACGCCAUGGGCUUUCAGUCGGCCUAUGUUUGAUUGCUUGUGUGUGUGUGUGUGUGUUUCAUUAGGGGGUGGUUGGCAGUGGUGCAUAUUAAAAAUAAAGUGUCGCUUCUUCUUUGUGCAUAUACAAUAUUUUUUUUUUAAUCCGUAUAUCUGGAAUAUUUUUUUGUGUCUGAAUAUGGUUUUGUAUUAGAAGCCACUGAAUCUUGAAAACUUUGCCUUUCACUCAAUAUGAUCAAUGUGCAAUAAAUAACUGAAUAAACAACUGUUAUUAUAAAAUAUACAAUGGAGAUAUAAUUUUCAUAUUUAUUUCAUAAUUGUGACUUCGAAGUAGUGUUGGCCCAUUGGGUGUAUAGGAUAUUCCGGUCAUGGAAUUACAAAAAGACGUUCCUUCAGUUUGCAUGAAUCGUUCUUUCCAUUCACAUAAUGAGAGAGAAUGAACUAGAGAGGUAAGUCGGUGAAUGGUGAAGAUAGAGAGAAAGGUUUGCAGGGAGAUCGAGUGGAGGGACAUUGGCGGCGCCAAGGGGGAAUGGGGGCAUUUGCGCCCCCCCCCCCCCGUUCCUCUAUCCGUUUUGAAACGUGAAUAAAAAUGAAUAGUAAAUUGCCAAUAGAAGGUAAAUGCAGAGUAGCAGCUUAUUCUAACCUAUAUUCUAUAUUCUAAUAAUAGCAGGGCCUGCUGGAAGAACAGUUUUCAUCCGUCAGUCGUUUAAUGAAUCAUAAUAAUUCUGCUUUUAAUGACAUAAACAGAUGAAUAUAUCAAAUGGUGAAAUAGUUAGAUUUCAGCCACCGUCACCGUACUGAAAGACGUAUAUGACCUGCAGCUGUGACAUAAGGAUAUCUCAACAAACUAAUAAAUAGAUUUUUUUUAAGAGAAAAGAGCG